UCUCUCUCUCUCUCUCUUCCAGCAGCGUGGAUGUAAAGUGGGAAAGAGAACUGACUGCCUGCACUCAUUUUAUGUGAUGGAUGGAAUUACAGGCUCCCUGGACUGGAAAACUGUCACUCUGCAAUAAUCUCAAAGGGUUGUGGCAUCUGGAAUAUUGCACCUGAGAAGUAUUUUGACCACUUUGGCGGAAUUUAAAGACAACAAAAAGUAUUCUUUAUUCAGCUGCAGUAAUUUCCCCAUCAUGAAGACGUCUCUUCCUUUCCCGGGCUUGGUUAGAGUGGCGAGCUUGUUGCUGUGUUUGAGCCAAACCGUCCUGGCCAUGGUCCUCACCAACUCCACACAACUCGAGUCCAUUCUGGACCAGUACAGGGACAAGGAUGAGGAGUGGUGGAAGGCCAGGUCGAGAGGGAAGAGGGCGAUCAGCGAGGGAGAUAUGCACCUUAUCUUGGACUUGCACAACAAGCUGCGGGGUCAGGUCCAUCCUCCUGCCUCUAACAUGGAGUACAUGGUUUGGGAUUAUGAGUUAGAGAGGAGCGCAGAGCACUGGGCACAUACCUGUCGAUGGGAACAUGGACCGAGCCACAUGUUGACGCAAAUAGGCCAAAACCUUGGAGCCCACUGGGGCAGAGACCGCCCCCCUACCUACCAUGUCCAGGCCUGGUAUGAUGAGGUGAGAUACUACAGCUAUCCCUACUCCCAGGAGUGUAACCCACACUGCCCAUUCAGAUGUUCAGGACCUGUUUGCACUCACUACACUCAGUUGGUGUGGGCGACUAGCAAUCGUAUCGGCUGUGCCAUCAAUGUGUGUUACAACAUGAACGUGUGGGGAAUGAUCUGGGCUAAAGCUGUCUAUCUGGUCUGCAACUACUCCCCACCGGGCAACUGGUGGGGUCACGCUCCAUACAAAUAUGGAACUCCCUGCUCUGCCUGUCCAGCGAGCUAUGGUGGAGGCUGCAGGGAUAAUCUCUGCUACAAAGAUGGGGGUGUUGACAGGCGUCCGGCUCCUGAGAUUGAGGAGACCAACUACAUUGAACCUGAACCGGAACCAGUGAGGGACAGGGAGCCCCAACCCAGGGCCCAGAUGCCAAACCCCUCACCUAAUGACAAUCUAGAGAGAAACCAGGUUGUCAGCACAGAGCAGAUGUGUCAACAGCUUGACUGUGAGACUAAGCUGAGGGAUCAGUGCAAGGGGACGACCUGUAACAGAUAUGAGUGUCCACCUGGCUGCCGCGACAGGCCUGGAAAAGUAGUUGGGACUGGAUAUUAUGACAUGCAAUCUAGUGUGUGUGGAGCUGGGUUACACUCUGGUGUUAUUGACAAUGAUGGAGGGUGGCUGGAUGUGACCAGACUGGGCAGAAAGCAACAUUUCACCAAGUCAUACAAGAAUGGUAUUCAGUCGAUUGGGAAAAACAGAAGUGCCAAUUCCUUCAAAGUAGAGUCGGUGCCUGUCAAGGCAGUGACAUGUGAAACAACCGUUGCACUUUUCUGCCCUUUCAAGAAACCAGUACGACACUGCCCCAGGUUGUAUUGUCCCAGGAACUGUCUGCGUGACAGUCGAGCCCGAGUCAUUGGGACGAAAUACUACUCAGAUAAAUCCAGUAUUUGCCAAGCAGCCAUUCAUGCAGGAGUAAUCCAGACUGAGUCAGGAGGGUACCUCGAUGUAAUGCCUGUAGACAGAAGGAAGCAGUACAGUGGCAGUUACCAGAAUGGGAUCACCUCAGAGAGCCUAGUGAACCCAACAGGUGGAAAAGCCUUCAGAGUGUUUGCAGUCAUCUGAAAAACCACUCUCAAAGGACAGAACACCAUCAUACAUGGCCACUUCACAUCCAGCAAACCUACUCAUUAUCAUCUUACAACCCGUAAUCACAUUCAUUCCUACAGUCGAUAAUUCAGCUUUUCAGCUUCUGACACUGACACAGUGUAACAUGGCUUUACUCAAGGCUUCCCCUCUAAAUUUGGUCAUGAGUGAACCAGUGUCCAAUAAUAGCUUAGCAAAGGAUGUUUGGCAAAUGAUGAUCCUACAUGUCUUUUGCCUUACGUCUUUGCUAAAUUUAUAAAGCUGACCAUAAUAAUCACAUUGGACUACCAUGAUAUCAUGAUGCGUUUUUUUAACAGUGUUUCUUAAGGUUGAAUACACACCACCAGAUUUAGCACCACUCCAAAUGCUUCCCACAGUUUCAGAUCAUGAAGGUUAAAAUGUAACAUCAGAGGUUCUACCAAAGUAAUUUUAGAUGUAUGCCUCAGCUCUAUGUAGACAUACACCGGGUAAAUAAUGGGGCAGACAGAUGCAGAGUCAUAAAAUCUGUUCAGACAUUUUGCGGGAACAAGAUUAGACACUAUUUAGUCAGGCCAUCUGUGCUGAAAUUAACUCCCUGGGCGUUUGUUUUCAUCAUACUUGCCCAAAAUACAAUCUUGUAUAUUUCUAUGGAGGACCAAACCAGACAAAUGAUUAAAUCACAAAUAAAUAGAUAUGAUAUAAUGAAUAAUUUUGGGGCAAAAUUAAAUACAGCAGAUAAAUAAAUUCAUAAAUAUGAAUAAAUUAAUCUCAACUGGUUUAAUCUAGAUUGUACUUUCAAAUUAUAAUUUUUUUUGUAUGUGCAGAAUUUCUCUUUUUAUCAGUGGAAUUUAUCAUUUUAAUUUACCUGGAUUGUUUUUAACGUGUGGGACCUGGGUUAUUUGAUAUAUAGUAUUUAAAAUGAUAUAUUUUCCCUUAAGUGUAUAAACUAGGCUUCAAAAUGUCCAUAUUCUUGUUUGGAUAUUUAUAUGUAAUCACUAUAUUGAUAUUAAAGUUAUACUUUGCUGAUUUUCAACCACUUCUGUGUCACCGUGGUGUUGAAAGUGUGGCAAAAGAACAGUGUUACGGCGCUCCCUGUGCCACCAGCACCCUGAGCUCCCCGCCCACCCACCAGCAGUCAUUGACGAUGUGAAAUGAUACAUAAUGCAUCAUCAGGCAGAUUUUUGGUUUCUGGUGGGGAGUUACUGGCACUUUUGGCACAGGGGUAAACCAAAUACCAUUCAUCUGCAAGUGACUCCCACACCAUGGCGGCAUAGACUUGUUGAAAAUCAACAAAGCAUCCCUUUAAGGUAUGGUUAUGGUCAGGUAAAUAAAAUAUGGGGUCAAAGGUAGAGAAAUAUAAAGUUAUCUUCCUUGUGUACUUCUUUCAGUACAGUUAUAGUUAUUUAAAAAAAAAAUAAAAAAGUGUUUUUGUCACAGUGGUAAUAUACUUUAUAGCAACAAUGCAGGCAGUAAAACUCAGAUUGUAUAUUUUUGUACAUAAUAACGCUGUAAAUAAUAUUGAACCCUUUGCUAUGAAAUGCUCACUGCUGUUGCCUUUUCAUUAAUAUCUCUAACACACUGCCAGCCAUUCAAAGUCAAACAAGCAGCAAGCGGUAGAUGCUGAAACUGAUUCUGCAUGCAUAACAUGUAUUUGUCACUCAAGCUUUUAUUUUUUAUAAAGGACAAACAAUACUUUUAGUAUAUUCAUAUGUUUGUAAAUACUGUGUAUGUAACAUAUUGUUUUAUUCUAUGCUGCAUUUCCCAGCUUUUGUUUAUAGAUUUAUAUAAAUGGACCCUGGCUGGCCAGGAAUGUG